UCAGCAGCCGGUCGGGGGCGGUGAAAAGCGAGUGAGGAGAGCGCGACGGCGGCGUAGCCAUCGCUGAAGGGAGAGCGAGGCCCGAGCUUCCGCGUCGAGAUUUGGUGACUGAGGAAAGGACCCAGAGACUCCUUGAACAACUAAGGCAAGUCACGAUGGUUUCAAUCCCAGAAUACUACGAAGGGAAGAAUAUCCUUCUCACCGGAGCCACUGGUUUCUUAGGCAAGGUGCUUCUGGAAAAGUUGCUGAGGUCUUGUCCCAGGGUGAAUUCAGUCUAUGUUUUGGUGAGGCAAAAAGCUGGUCAGACACCCCAAGAGCGAGUGGAGGAAAUCCUCAGUGGCAAGCUUUUCGACAGGUUGAGAGAUGAAAAUCCAGAUUUUAGAGAGAAAAUUAUAGCGAUCAACAGUGAACUCACGCAACCUAAACUGGCUCUCAGUGAAGAAGAUAAGGAGAUCAUUAUAGACUCUACAAAUGUCAUAUUCCACUGUGCAGCUACUGUAAGAUUUAAUGAAAAUUUAAGAGAUGCUGUCCAGUUAAAUGUGAUAGCUACACGACAGCUUAUUCUCCUUGCACAGCAAAUGAAGAAUCUGGAAGUGUUCAUGCAUGUCUCAACAGCGUAUGCCUACUGCAAUCGAAAGCAUAUUGAUGAAGUAGUUUAUCCACCCCCUGUAGAUCCCAAGAAGCUGAUUGAUUCUUUAGAAUGGAUGGAUGAUGGCCUAGUAAAUGAUAUCACACCAAAAUUGAUAGGCGACAGACCUAACACGUACAUAUACACCAAGGCAUUGGCAGAGUAUGUUGUGCAGCAAGAAGGAGCAAAGCUAAAUGUUGCCAUUGUAAGGCCAUCGAUCGUUGGUGCCAGUUGGAAAGAACCUUUUCCAGUAAGCUCUUCAAAACUGUUAAGCACUUGGGACUUAGAGUUUAUGCGUGCCUCCAACAAUGCCCUUGCAGAUCUCGUUCCUGUAGAUGUAGUGGUCAACACGAGCCUUGCUGCAGCCUGGUAUUCUGGAGUUAAUAGACCAAGAAACAUCAUGGUGUAUAAUUGCACAACAGGCAGCACUAAUCCUUUCCACUGGGGGGAAGUUGAGUACCAUGUAAUUUCCACUUUCAAGAGGAAUCCUCUCGAACAGGCCUUCAGACGGCCCAAUGUAAAUCUAACCUCCAAUCACCUUUUAUAUCAUUACUGGAUUGCUGUAAGCCAUAAGGCCCCAGCAUUCCUGUAUGAUAUCUACCUCAGGAUGACUGGAAGAAGCCCAAGGAUGAUGAAAACAAUCACUCGUCUUCACAAAGCCAUGGUAUUCCUUGAGUAUUUUACAAGUAACUCUUGGGUUUGGAAUACUGAUAAUGUCAAUAUGUUAAUGAACCAACUAAACCCUGAAGAUAAAAAGACCUUUAAUAUUGAUGUACGGCAGUUACAUUGGGCAGAAUAUAUAGAAAACUACUGCAUGGGGACUAAGAAGUACGUGUUGAAUGAAGAGAUGUCUGGCCUCCCUGCCGCUCGGAAGCAUCUCAACAAGUUGCGGAAUAUCCGUUAUGGUUUUAAUACAAUCCUUGUGAUACUUAUCUGGCGCAUUUUUAUUGCAAGAUCACAAAUGGCAAGAAACAUCUGGUAUUUUGUGGUUAGUCUGUGUUACAAAUUUCUGUCAUACUUCCGAGCAUCCAGCACUAUGAGAUACUGAAGACCAAGAAUUUAGCAUUAGAACAUCUAUGCAUAUGGUGAUCUAAAUGCACAAAAUGUAAAAUGUACUUAAGUCAUCUCACCUUUUGUUAAGACAUUAAACCAUCUUAAAUUGGAGCGUGGAGUAAAUUAUGGUCCAUUUUAUGUAACAUUUUAAUGUUUAUGCUCAAAACCUNNUGAACACACUGUGGUAUGCCAGCUCAGAACUGCAGUAGUCACUCAAAUUAUGAUUCAACAUUUUAAUCCUUGGAAUGCAAAGGGUAGGAAGGGGGCAGAAGUGGGGCUAUGGGAGCAUUGACCAGUAUAACUGUGCAGUUCUGGAACAUACUAAUUAAAACAUGCCUUAACAUGCAGUCCUAAUAUUCAGUGCAAUGGAAAAUGUGCAGACAGAAGGCCUAGAUAAAUUAGUUAAGUAUUUGAUUUGAUUUGAUUCUUCAAUAUUGAUUUCUUUUUUCUUUUUAAUCCUUUGAGAGGUGGGGUUUAAUUUUGCUAAGACCACAGCCAUGUGUUUUUUUUCUUCCUGUAAGUUACAGGUCGUGUCAAACGCAAAGACUUGUUCUGAUUUUCUUUCUGAAUAAAUGUGUGUUGCAUAUCAUUUUUUAUAAGUAAUUAGUUGCUCUUAUGAUCAGAAGGCCAAAUAUUAUUCUAAAGACACUAAUAGAUCUGAAUGAAUUUAAGAUUCUGUAUCAGUGUAUACUCUGUGCAUUUGAAGCAAAGUGAAAACAUGCACGGUAAAGGAAACCACUUUUCUAGUCUGCAUUUUGAUCAAAUGGAACUCUGGUGAGAUGUGUUUUCAUUUUGAAGAGGAUUUCUUGAGACGUGAUGAGAGGUGGGAUUGGGGAAGGAUUCACUAUAUUUAUCCUCUCCUCCCUUAUCAAUUUUCCCACAGGACUUGCCCCAUGUGAACAUGCAUUAUUAUGAAGGAAUGUAGUUGCAGCUUUUAACAUUAAGAAAAUGUCCUCAUGUGUUUGCCAACACAUACUAAUUUGACCUUGAAAGCUGAAUUCCUUUAAAAAUGAAUAAUGCAUAAGUAUGUGUAUAAAAUUAAAUAAAGGAUUUUACCAUGUAAAGUAGCAAACUGUUGAAUGAGUUUCAA